AUGGUAAUGAUGAACCGCAGUAUGUCCGCCAGUUCGACAGCCUCUGUCAGAUGGGCCCAGAUACAGGAAGCCGCACUGUUGGAAGCCGCAGAUGGGUCCAGAUACUGUAAGCCGCACUUGGAAGCAGCAGAUGGGCCCAGAUACAGGAAGGAGCACUUGGAAGCAGCAGAUGGGCCCAGAUACUGUAAGCCGCACUUGGAAGCAGCAGAUGGGCCCAGAUACUGUAAGCCGCACUUGGAAGCAGCAGAUGUGCCCAGAUACAGGAAGGAGCAAUUGGAAGCAGCAGAUGGGUCCAGAUACAGGAAAGAGCACUUGGAAGCAGCAGAUGGGUCCAGAUACAGUAAGCCGCACUUGGAAGCAGCAGAUGGGCCCAGAUACAGGAAGGAGCACUUGGAAGCAGCAGAUGGGCCCAGAUACAGGAAGGAGCACUUGGAAGCAGCAGAUGGGCCCAGAUACUGUAAGCCGCACUUGGAAGCAGCAGAUGUGCCCAGAUACAGGAAGGAGCAAUUGGAAGCAGCAGAUGGGUCCAGAUACAGGAAGGAGCACUUGGAAGCAGCAGAUGGGUCCAGAUACAGUAAGCCGCACUUGGAAGCAGCAGAUGGGUCCAGAUACAGGAAGGAGCACUUGGAAGCAGCAGAUGGGUCCAGAUACAGGAAGGAGCACUUGGAAGCAGCAGAUGGGCCCAGAUACAGGAAGGAGCACUUGGAAGCAGCAGAUGGGCCCAGAUACUGUAAGCCGCACUUGGAAGCAGCAGAUGGGCCCAGAUACAGGAAAGAGCACUUGGAAGCAGCAGAUACAGGAAAGAGCACUUGGAAGCAGCAGAUGGGUCCAGGAAGGAGCACUUGGAAGCAGCAGAUGGGUCCAGAUACAGGAAAGAGCACUUGGAAGCAGCAGAUGGGUCCAGAUACAGAAGCAGCAGAUGGGUCCAGAUACAGUAAGGAGCACUUGGAAGCAGCAGAUGGGCCCAGAUACUGUAAGCCGCACUUGGAAGCAGCAGAUGGGCCCAGAUACAGGAAAGAGCACUUGGAAGCAGCAGAUGUGCCCAGAUACAGGAAGGAGCAAUUGGAAGCAGCAGAUGGGUCCAGAUACAGGAAAGAGCACUUGGAAGCAGCAGAUGGGUCCAGAUACAGUAAGCCGCACUUGGAAGCAGCAGAUGGGUCCAGAUACAGUAAGGAGCACUUGGAAGCAGCAGAUGGGUCCAGAUACAGUAAGCCGCACUUGGAAGCAGCAGAUGGGUCCAGAUACAGUAAGGAGCACUUGGAAGCCGCAGAUGGGUCCAGAUACUGUAAGCCGCACUUGGAAGCAGCAGAUGGGUCCAGAUACAGUAAGGAGCACUUGGAAGCAGCAGAUGGGUCCAGAUACAGCAAGGAGCACUUGGAAGCAGCACAUGGGUCAAGAUACAGUAAGGAGCACUUGGAAGCAGCAGAUGGAUCCAGGUACAGUAAGGGGCACUAUGAAGCAGCAGAUUGA